AUGGAUAUUCAAUCCCUCUUCAAUGUCAAGGACAAAGUCGUCCUGGUGACAGGCGGCGCCAAAGGAAUCGGUCGAAUGAUUUCAGAAGGAUACGUGACGAACGGUGCUACAGUCUACAUCUCCUCGCGCGACGCCAAGGCAUGCGAAACAGCCGUCAGCGAGCUCAAUGCCCUUGGGAAAGGCACGGCGCACGCCAUCCCCGCGGAUUUCUACAAGGAGGAGGACAUCAAGAAGUUGGUCGAAGAAUUUGGGAAACGCGAGAAUAAGCUCCAUGUCUUGGUCAACAAUUCGGGUUCCACGUGGGGAGCCCCCUACGAUGAAUACCCUUCAGCGGCCUGGACUCGCGUCCUGACUCUCAACCUUCACCGGGUCUUCGAUCUGACCAAGCUCCUUACACCGUUCCUCGAAAAGGGCGCCAGCGAAGGCGAUCCGUCGCGAAUUAUUAAUAUCGGCUCGGUCGAUGGCCUGCGGGUUCCGCCAAUGGAAACAUUUGCAUACUCGGCCUCCAAGGCUGGCCUGCACCAUUUGAGUCGCGCGCUAGCGAAUAAUUUGGGAAAAAGGAACAUCACAUCCAACACUUUGGCAUGCGGCCCCUUUCCUAGCAAAAUGAUGGCUGCCACCCUGCGCGAGAGGGAGGCAGCCCUGGUAAGGGACAUUCCUCUGAGUCGCAUCGGCAAAGCGGAAGAUGUGGCGGGCGCCUGUCUGUUUCUGAGCAGCCAGGCGGGAUCGUAUGUGAGCGGUGCUACCAUUGCGCUGGACGGCGGGAUGGUGGUCAGCCCAAAGCUGUGA